AACCUGAUCUCUCUUCCUCUUCACUUCUCCAGUUGGAAGUUGCGCGUCUCUCAACUCCCUUCUCCGCCUUCCUCCGGUACACCACAAGGGAAAGAAAAAUCCUCUGCUCGAGCUUUUCCGGUCUUCUAGUCCCUAAUUUCCUCCUCCAAGGUACCUCUGUCGUUCUGCCGAGCAAGAGGAGGAUACGAACCAGCGACAGACUGUCCACGCACGGGUUCGCUGCUGUGGAAACGCCAGUGGAGUUGGAGCUCCUAUAACCAUCUAACACCGAGGACUUAACACCAACUCACCGAUUAUAUGCAUCGUGUUGGCGGCGCGGUGUACGCUGAAUGGUUGAAGUUGACCGCUAUGCUUCUUCUGCAGAUGGGACAGCGCCGAGCUCUCCCGUCCACUCGCUGUCUGACCGGGGGUCUCCGGAAGCCCCGAGAGCGACUGUGGUAGCUAUCCUAUCCAACUCCGCGGCCGCUCCGUGGCACGUACACCCUCCUCCGCCGCCGUUACGCGUGCUUACAUAACGUGUGUUUUGGGUCGAACGGAAUUCUCCAAAGAAAGGGAGGGGAUCAACAGCCUGCCUGCAUCAACCGGUGGCGUCUACCGGGACUGGAAACGAGAAAGGGCCUCGUAGGAGGUUGUGAUGAGAACUGGAGCCCGAUGUUGGUGUUCUGCCAGAAACAUCUGGAAAGGAUAACCGAGAGAAUCACUCCCACCAACACACCCACCCUCUCUUCCUCCUCCUCUCCCAGGACUGGGAAAUAAUCCACACCACAUCUCCAGGAGACGUGUUCAGGAGGCUUUUACGUUGAAUGGUCGCUGAAGGAGCACCGUGUGUUUCAUUAUCUCUUUUUAAGAGCAGCCGGGAGGGAGUUUCAGUGCCAUUGUUUUGAAAUGCAAUCACUGCUUGGGUGUGAUUGUCUCCUUUCCACAAUCAUACAAAGCAACAUGUUUUGGGAUUGGUGAGAUGGACUCGUAUAUUUUAAGCUCUUAAAUUACAACAUCAACAAAAACAAUAGGCCUACUCCCCGGGAUCCUUUGCCGUUCCGCGGUGUGGUUAUGCAGUGAUGUGCGCCGCGCGGUUUAACGGGAGCAUCAAUGGGUUUGCGGAAGAGGCGAGCCCCGGCGGUGGCAACAGCACCAGCGCGCGGGCUCCGGUAUCACGGCUGGUCGACUGGAACGAAGCCUGGCCCCGUGUCCUGCACGCGCUGGAGGUGGGCACGGUGAUGACGGUGUUCUACCAGAAGUCCCAGAGACCCGAGCGUAGGACUUUCCAGAUCCGGCAGGACACGCGCCAAAUGGUGUGGAGCCGCAACCCGGACAAAGUGGAAGGAGAGAUCGAGCUGCGGGAGGUGAGGGAGCUGCGCAGGGGAAAGGGCUCCCGGGACUUUGAGCGUUACCCUGAGGAGUCCCGGCGGCUGGAGGCCUCCCACUGCUUCAUCGUCCUGUACGGCUCCGAGUUCCGCCUCAAGACCCUCAGCGUGGCCGCGUUCAGCGAGGAGGAGGUGACCAUGUGGAUGAGUGGUCUGAGCUGGUUGGUCAGCAACACCCAAAAAGCUCCCCUACCCCAGCUGAUUGACAGGUGGCUGAGGAAACAGUUUGACGCCAUAGACCGGAGCAACGAGGGCAGUAUUACGGUGAAGGACGUGAAGACUCUGUUGCCUCAGAUCAACUUCAGAGUGCCCAGCAUGCGCUUCCUGAAGGACAAGCUGCAGGAAGUGGAGGCCAGGAGCGAUCUCUCAUACCCAAACUUUUCACAGCUCUACAGGACCCUGAUGUUUGACGCACAAAGAAGCAUCAUAGAACAGCUGGAUCUGUCCUUCCCCCUGCGAAAUGUUGACCGUCCUGAACUCUGUCAGAUCUCUCUCUACGACUUCCAGAAGUUUCUCCAACUUGACCAGAAGGAGUCGUGGGCGUCUGAUUUGGGCCGUGUCCGAGAGGUUCUACUGGCUUACCUGUUGGGUUCAGCCCAGUCCGAACCCAUGUUACAACUGGACGAGUUUCUGACGUUCCUGUUCUCUAAAGAAAACUCUGUGUUCGACCCCCGACCGUCUCCCGUUGCCCCGGACGACAUGAAGCGACCUUUGUCUCAGUAUUGGAUCUCCUCCUCACACAAUACGUACCUGACUGGGGACCAGUUCUCCAGCGAGUCCUCGUUGGAGGCGUACGCUCGCUGCCUGAGGAUGGGCUGUCGCUGCAUCGAACUGGACUGCUGGGACGGACCCGACGACCUGCCCAUCAUCUACCACGGCCACACGCUCACCUCCAAGAUCAAGUUCCUGGACGUUCUCCACACCAUCAAAGACCACGCCUUCGUCACCUCCGAGUACCCUGUGAUCCUGUCGAUCGAGGACCACUGCAGCGUGGUGCAGCAGAGGAACAUGGCCACCCACUUCAAAAAGGUGUUCGGAGACCUUCUGCUCACCAAGCCGGUGGAGACCGGCGCUGACGAGCUGCCCUCGCCCUACCAGCUGCGCAGGAAGAUCCUGAUCAAGCACAAGAAGCUGGAGGAGGGAACGAUGUACGAGGAGGUGACCUCGGCCAGCUACUCGGAGAACGACAUCAGCAACUCCCUGAAGAACGGCAUCCUCUACCUGCAGGAUCCCAUCGAUCAUGCUUGGACACCCCACUACUUUGUUCUGACAAGUAACAAGAUCUACUACUCUGAGGAGACGUCUCACUACCAGACGUCUGAGGAAGAGGAGGAUGAAGAUGGGAAAGAGGAGUGCAACAACAACGACCAGCCUGGGGUUGAGCGUUGGUUCCACGGGAAGCUGGGUGGCGGUCGCGACGGCCGCCAGGUGGCCGAGAAGCUCCUGCAGGAGUACUGUGAGGGCGGGGCAAAGGACGGCACCUUCCUGGUCCGGGAGAGCGAGACGUUCGUAGGAGACUACACCCUUUCCUUCUGGCGUUCUGGGCGUGUCCAGCACUGUCGGAUCCACUCCCGCCAGGAGUCUGGCUCCACCCGCUUCUACCUGACGGACAACCUGGUGUUCGCCAGCCUGCAGCGCCUCAUCUCCCACUACCGCCACACGCCGCUGCGCUGCAACGAGUUUGAGAUGGCGCUCUGCAGCCCUGUGCCCCAGCCCAACGCACACGAGAGCAGAGAGUGGUUCCAUUCCAACCUGAGUCGGGUCCAGGCUGAACACAUGCUGAUGAGGGUCCCCCGGGACGGAGCCUUCCUGGUGAGGAAACGCAGCGAGGUGCACUCCUACGCCAUCUCCUUCAGGGCGGAGGGGAAGAUCAAGCACUGUCGGAUCCACCAGGAGGGCCGCCUCUUCAUGCUGGGCAGCUCGGCUGAGUUCGAGAGCCUGGUGGACCUGGUGCGCUACUACGAGAAGCACCCGCUGUACCGCAAGAUGAGGCUGCGCUACCCCAUCAACGAGGACGCCCUGGACCGCAUGGGCACCACGGAACUGGACUACGGGGCUCUGUAUGAGGUCCGGACGCCUCACUUCUAUGUGGAGGCCAACAAGAUGCCCAUGGCUCGGUGCACGGUCAAGGCGCUGUACGACUACCGCGCUCAGAGGGAAGACGAGCUUUGUUUCCCCAAGCAGGCCCUCAUCCUCAACGUGGACAAGCAGGAGGGGGGCUGGUGGCGAGGGGACUACGGAGGGAAGAAACAGCUCUGGUUUCCCGCUAACUACGUGGAGGAAGUUCCAAGUUCCCCCACUAGGGAGCCCGACGAGGCAGCCUCAGAGAACAGUCCCCUGGGAACGUUUCUCAAAGGUUUCGUCGAUGUUCCCAGCUGCCACGCUGUGGUGCUGAAGGACGGUAAGAGCUCCAGGCCCUUCGUCUUCACCCUGCACACCCAGCAGCUCUCCUCGCGGCCGGUGCAGACGCUGGACGUGGCGGCCGACUCCCUGGAGGACCUGACCGCCUGGGUGGCCAAGAUACGGGAGGCCGCGCAGAACGCCGACGCCCGGAUGCAGGAGGAGAAGCAGAUGGAGCGCAGGAAGAAGAUAGCGGUGGAGCUGUCUGACCUGGUGGUCUACUGCAGACCUGUACCCUUCAACGAGGAGAAGAUCGGGACGGAGCGGGCGUGCUACCGGGACAUGUCGUCGUUCCCGGAGACCAAGGCGGAGCGUCUGGCCACGCGGAGCCGCGGCCGCCGCUUCCUGCAGUACAACCGGCGGCAGCUGUCCCGCGUCUACCCCCGCGGCCAGCGGUUGGACUCUUCCAACUACGACCCACUGGCCAUGUGGCUAUGUGGCUCCCAGCUGGUCGCUCUCAACUUCCAGACCCCUGACAAGCCAAUGCAGAUGAACCAAGCGUUGUUCAUGCUGGGAGGGGGGAGUGGCUUUGUCCCGCACCCUGACGUCAUGAGAGACGACUCCUUCGACCCCUUUGAUAAGGAAACCCUGCGCUUGGAGCCAAUCACCAUUCAGUUGCAGGUACUCGGGGCUCGCCAUCUGCCUAAAACGGGCCGCAGCAUUGUCUGUCCCUUCGUUGAGGUGGAGAUCAGUGGUGCAGACUACGACAGCUGCAAGAGCAAGACAGAUGUUGUCGCGGAUAACGGGCUGAACCCGGCGUGGCUCCAGACGCCGUUUGUCUUCGACGUCCGGAACCCAUCCUUCUGCUUCCUGCGCUUCACUGUCUACGACGAGGACAUGUUCAGCGACCCCAACUUCCUGGCUCAGGCCACCUACCCCGUCCGCUCGCUACGCACCGGCUAUCGGAGCGUUCCUCUGAAGAACAGCUACAGCGAGGAGCUAGAGCUGGCCUCACUCCUCGUCCACAUUGAAAUAGUCAAUGCUAAGGAGGAGGACGACCAGAACCUCUACACCUCCAUCCAGCGGCUACGUGACCUCACCAGCCAGCUGUCCAAUCAGGUGUCCACGCUGGAGCGCUCGGGUUCCGGGGACCAGAGCUACCAGCAGAGCCUGGAAGAGCUCCGGGAUGCCCAGGACCAGCUGAGUGAACUGGUGGAGGCUAGGAACCACAGGUUGAUGGAGAAGAAGAGGAGAGAGAGGCUGAGGCCACAGUUGGCCACGAAGCGCAGUUAGGGUUUCCUUCCACUAGAGGGCGUUGACUCCUCUGUGACCACCGCUGACCUCUGCUGUGUGCUGCUGCUGCAACUUAACUCAACAAAUGGAAAACUGGAAGAAACAUUGCUCUCUUUACAAAGUAAUAUAUUCACAAAAGUUGCAUUCAAAAGGAACACUUUUAGAUAUAUCUCAUGGCCAAAAGAAAUAUGUUUUGACCGGAACCGGGAACGUGGAUAUAAGUAGACACUUUGCGUGAUGCAAAAGCAGAAGAAGAAAAAUUAUGUAUGUGCCUUCAUGUGGAUUUUGGAAAUAUCAUGCUCUCGACACAAAUGUCACUAUGAAGGGGUCAAAUUGACUCCCGGAAGAGCUGAAAAACCCAAAUUCUGAACUUUCCUUCUGACUCUUCAAACUGCACCUUGAGCUAAAGACUUUGGAAGAGCAAUCCAUAUUUGGCUUGGCCAGAAUUUAAAAUAAAAACUUGUUUGAGUUGCUCACAAAAUGGGUUACACAAAGGACUUUAGAAACAGUGAGACGGAAGUCUAUUCCUCAUAAUGAAGACCAUGUCUUCUAUUGGCUGAGCCAACAGGAAGUCCCGCCUCCCAGAUGGCUUUUGCUUCCUGUUUUACCUGGGAGAACUCCAACUGGAUGAAUUGUACUUUGAGCUCAGCUCCAAACCUUCGCUGGAAGGUGGUUUACCUUAAGAACCUCUAUGUAAAUCAAAUAAACUAAAUGUACUCAAUAUACUAACUAUACUUCCUUUGUUGGCGAGGAGCACCUUGAGAGUAAGAAGUCUGACUCACACUGGCCUAGUUUGACCCAGAAUCCUCUAUUGAUCUCUUAUAAUGGCGGAAGUCAUCAGGAAUCUUAAAGACGGAAUCUCACACCCUUAUAUAAAGUAUUUCCUAGAAAAACUGGAUAUUAGGGUUGGGACAAAAACACAUGGUGUUUCUAUCGGUAAAAGUUCUGUUGAAUAAUAUUACAACUCUUCCAAUUCGUACAUUUA